AUGCUACCUGCGGCGGGGCGCUACGGCCAGGGCGGGCGGAAGCUGCGUCGCAUCCCGCCUUAUUGCAGUCGCGUCGCCCCCUCCGCCCCCCCGCCGCCCGCCGGCUACGCCACCCCGCCACCGCUGUGCUUAGACCCCCCCCCCCACACCCCGCCCACCGCGCCCCCGCGACGCCCCACUCGCCGCCACGCCGGGCGCGUGCGCCCGCCGGCCGGCGACUCAGUCCACCGCCGCGCCGCGACAACACAACACGUGUGCGUACAUGACAAAGCGCGGCGCCUGAGAACGAUCGAACGCGCCACACGAAUCAACUCACCCAAGUCUCGAGUGGAACGAGGGGGCGACCUCUCGCAAGCCGUCAAGAUUGCUUCCCAAGUGGAGAUGCCGUCGAGCCUGUUCGGCGAGCUGGGCGGCGGCGGGCUGGUGGAAGACCAGCGCGCGUUCCAGCUCGCCCUCGAGCUGAGCAUGCUGAGCCUGGGCGAGACGCUGCCGACGCCGAAUCCGCUGUCGAGCCCCAUCGGGUUCGCGCCGCCGCCGGACGACCGCGCGAAGAAGUCGCAGAACAUGACCGAGUGCGUGCCGGUGCCCUCCUCGGAGCAUGUGGCGGAGAUCGUCGGCAGACAAGGUACGUUAUCUGUCGCCUUUGACGUCUGGCUGCGCCCUCGCCACCCUUACAUAAGGGCGCACGUGUCGCGCCGGCUCGGA